GCUCUCGCAGGGGAGCAUCGCACGCGAUGUGCAUCUUUCCAGAAAGAUGCUGUCUGGUGUCAGAUAAAUAGGUCUCAUGUUGCACAGACAGACUGCAUCUUCAAGAUUCAAGAUACAAUCUCACUAUUUAAAUAGACUUUAAAAGGAGGCGUUAUUAAAACAAUAAAAUUGAGCAGCAAUGGAAUAUUUCUCUUGUGCACAAUUCAUGUGGGAGUAUUAUUAUGCAAUUAUGCAACGACACAUGGUAGACCAUCAUUAGUGUCCGCCCUUGAACAGAUAAACAGGUGACAAAUAGGUGACGGGACCUUCUCCUGGUGAUCCGGGCCGACCUGGGACUCAAACCUCACCCCUCCCGUCCUCCCAGCUCUUCGCACAGCCGCAGUCGGUGCUCGUGCAGAAGGCGAAGAGCCGCUAACGCUGCUGGCUGUAACACACCGCAAAAAAGCACCGAUUCUCCGGGCGGGCAUCAUCGCAUCCUCCAUUCAUUCGCGCGGCGCCGCACCUGCGGACAGCGAUGCCAAAGAUCAUGAUGGAGAAACAAGAAGAGCGUAAAAACAUCUAAAAAAGCUCCUCUCCUCCAAGAGACAAGACAGGAGGCAGAAUGAGCGAGGACCUGCCAGUUUCACCCAGCUGGCUGGACCAAGAACCCACCUGGGGCAAUAGUGGUGCAGGAAGCGCAGAGAACUUCACCGGCGGAACGUACCCACCUGCAGUCGUUCUGCCAGCGAGGCCACCUGCUGAGCUUUUCGUUAACCCAUGGGACAUCGUGCUGUGUUCUUCUGGUACCCUGAUAGCCUGCGAGAACGCCCUGGUUGUUCUUGUCAUCUGGCAGAACCCGGCUUUGCGCGCCCCCAUGUUUUUGCUGAUUGGCAGCCUGGCUCUCGCUGACCUACUUGCCGGCCUGGGCUUAGUCCUGCACUUUACAUUUGCUUACCUGCUGCGCUCCGACUCGGCACAGCUCUUGACUGUAGGUCUGGUGGUGGCCUCCUUCUCUGCGUCUGUCUUCAGCUUACUAGCAAUAACCAUCGACCGUUACCUGUCGCUGUACUAUGCCCUCACCUACAACUCUGAACGGACCGCUGCCUUCACAUACACAAUGCUUGUGCUGCUCUGGGGGGUGUCGUUGUGCCUGGGCUUGCUGCCUGUAACCGGUGUAAACUGCCUGGGGCAGGAGGCCAACUGCAGUGUGGUGUGGCCGUUGACGAAAAACAACGUCGCUGUCCUGUCAGUUUCGUUCCUUCUGCUGUUUGGCCUCAUGCUUCAGCUUUAUGUGCAGAUCUGCAAAAUCGUCAUGCGACAUGCACAUCAAAUUGCCCUGCAGCAUCACUUUUUGGCCGCGAGUCCCCAUUACGUCACUACGCGGAAAGGCGUCUCUACCCUGGCGAUCAUUCUGGGCACGUUUGCCGCCUGCUGGAUGCCAUUUACCGUGUACUCGCUCGUAGCUGAUUACACGUACCCGCCCUUGUACACCUAUGCCACUCUGGUGCCCGCCACCUAUAACUCAGUCAUCAACCCUGUUAUUUACGCCUUCCGCAAUCAAGAGAUCCAAAAAGCACUCUGGCUGGUGUGCUGUGGUUGUAUCCCGGCCAGCGUGGCCCACCGGGCACGGACCCCAAGCGAUGUCUGAUGCAGGAGAUGUCUCUGGGCACAGAUACUAAAGCUGGAAGCCUAGGGAAUAGCACAGGCCUAGUCACGCUCUGUCUCAGCCUAUAGGCUACAGAGAUUCCCAAAUCCAGGCCCUGGGAGAAAAAGACACCCGGUACUGUCUUCCCCUAAUUGUUUGGUGACCACCACUGCCACACAACCUUUCGCCUGAUCCGACCGGCUGCCACACCCUGUCCGGGAAAAAACGUGAAUGGAUGCUGUGUGGCAGGCAGCUGUAAAUAUGUUGUAGUUAUUUAUAUAUAUAAAUGCAUUUCUUGUGGUUGUUUAGCGUGGCCACAGUGGCAGCCCUUGUUGCACGGACGGUGAGCGAGGAGGAUGAGGGGCAGCACCAGACGGUCCUACUGACUGGAUCCCGAAGCUCAUUCAUCUCGUCCUGCUGUUGCUGCAUUCAAGAACGUGUGCUGAACGUUAAAUAACCACUGAGUGCUAAAAAUAGACAAGGCGCUCGGUGAUGCGCGCGCCUCAGAAGAAACAAACCUGGAGAGAGAGAGGCGCCCUCACUCCUCCGUCACCUCACUUCAAUUUCGAACGCAAGCGUGCCCGAAUGUAAAAUGUCCUCCAAAGCCGAAGACCACGAAGAGCUAACUACAAUCUCAGAAUGAGAUCCACUCUAUAAAGCAAACCCAUCGAUGCCUUUGUUUGUUAUGAAAGUGUAACUGGAAAUCAUUUCUCUUCCAUAAUUGCGAGAUGAAAACGACAGGGAAGCGGGAGAAAGUGUGUGUAUGUUCAUUUAAACAACCCUCCCUUUUGAUAUCCUCUUCAAAGAACUGUUGAGUACAAAACAUGCAUUAAGCGGACGAUGAUAAGAAGCUUGUUUAUAUGCGCCGACAUGAAAGAUGGACGCGAAUGUAUUUUCUAUUGAUUUGCUUUUGAUUUACAUAAUGUCCACCUGCUCUGAAUAGAGCUUUGCUCUUUUUAUUAUGUUUGGUUGAUAAUAACGACAUUCGGAUGGAGGAUGGCUAGCACACAAUGGUUAUUAAUAGCAUUUUAUUUGAAAAUGCAAGUGUUGUGUUUGUGAAGACCGAUGAGUAGGCAAAACAUCUGACAAAGCAGUAGGAGUUGUUUUUAAAGUGGAGAAAAUCUUACAAAAAUGACCAAAAACACGCCAGUGGCUGAUCCACCCCAAAAUGAAAAGAAAAAAUAUGCACACUAUUUUUGUUUUGGCCUUGAGUUAAUUGCACUCAACUUUCAUAUUUUUUACACAUUUAUACUGUCUUUACAUUACAUUUAUUCAUUCAAAUAAGUAAAGCUAUUUCAGCUUUCUUAGUUAAAUCAACUAAACCACUUGCAAAAUUAAAAAAAUAGUAAGAAAACAAAAAAAGAAUAGUUCAUUAAAGUUAUAAGGAAUUCUGUCAUCAUUUACUCACACUCUUGUCGUUUCGAACCUGUAUGACUUCCUUCUGCAGAACACAGAAGAAGAUGUUUGGAAGAAUGUUGGCAGUAUGCAAGGAUUUGCGUUGAUUUUGUGUCCAUACAAUAGAAGUGAAUGUCGGUCACCAACAUUCUACAAAAUAUCUUCAUUUUUGUGUGUUCGGCAGAACAAAGAAGGUCAUACAUGAUACGUAAUUGUUGUAAAAAUAAUGUAUAAGAAAGAAGCAAAAUCUAUUUCAGUUACUUAAUGCAAAAUAUGAUUUCAUAUUUUUUUCUUUCAUUCUGGGUUGAAAAGGACUCAAGCAUGCUUCUGUAAGAACUGCCACUCACACGACAGCAUCAGCCCUGCUUAGAGUUUUCAUAAAUGUGAUUGUUUGUUGGUGAAUCUCCUCAGUUCUUUUCCACAAGACUUUAAUGAGCAGAACCGCUGUGUGACCUGAUCGUGAUGAAUGUAUGUUGUUACGUUUUUCACAUCUUUGCUCGAUUCACAGCUGAAGCUGUAGUCACCCUUCUAUUAAGAGCUAACGUUCACCCCUGCUUUUGAGCGUGUGCCCUCCAAAUGCCAACCGGCCAAUAUCCAUUUCAGUGCUGUGGCAGAUUCCAUCAGCAAGCAAUAACUACGGACCAAGUGUUUCAUCAAAUUUCAGCAAUACUCUGGCAGCAAUAACAGCCUUGCCCAAGCAAAACACCUCAGCUUGCCGAAAAACAUCUACACGAACAGAAAAUAACUGUUUUGCUAUAUAACCCGAGUGAAUUCAGGAUUAGAAAAAACGACCAGAUGUUCAAAACCCUGUCCAUAAUCUCACUGCCUCAUGUCCCAGAAGGUGACUGUUCUCUGCCUGUGGUCAUUUACAAUAUCAAUGGAUUAAGUCUUUCUGUACACUUGAUGUGACCUACGCUGCGGUAUGCAUAAUUUUUUUUGAAACUUAGAGAUGUUUAUAACCAGUGUUGGGUGUAACUAGUUACUAAGUAAUUAAUUACUGUUAUUUAAUUACUUUUCAUUAUAAAAAAUUAAGUAAUGGAUUACUCUCAUUUUGCACAGUUACUUCUGAUGUGAUUGAACUAAAUACUGUUUAAUAUAUUCAAUAGUGGAAAUGAAAUCAAAAUUAUAAAUCUAACUUUAAAAUGUAUGCUUUAAUGUCUCCUUCUCACAUUUGUAUACGUUGGUCAGUUAAUAAGUAUAAUUUAUGAAGUUAUUUAUUAAUUAUUUGAAUGAAUUAAAAGAGCCGAUUCAUGUUUAUCCUUGAAUCAAUUCUAAUCAAGGUUGGAUAUAGAACGUCAUCAGUAAUAAGUGAUUAAAUACUUUUUGUAGAGAGUCAUUUGUACAGUCAUUUAAUUAUACUAUUACAAAUGUUAUUUGUAACUAGUAUUUCAUUACUUUUUCAGAGUAGCAUACCCAACACUGUUUAUAACGUGUAAAGUACGUGUUCAUAUUAUACGAAUAUGACUGAGACGGGACUGCGCUCGUACAACCUUCAUGUAUGUGUGAACGUGUGAAUGCAUGUAUGUAUGUAUGUAUGUAUGUAUGUAUAUAUGUAUGUAUGUUAUUGAGCUUUCGCUCUGAUGGCAAAACAAGGGGGUAAUAAGGUAUAUUCUCAAUAGACCUGCAUGGACUAGAGUGGCUACCAAUGGUUUUGAAAGAGGUCCCCUCUUUACAUCAUGCCUAUGGGUCGGACACACCCUCGUGACCUUUUUGCUUGAGUAACAUUUGGAAAAUGUAUUGAAACAGGACACGUCGAGCGGGUGUGCGACUUCUAGGGCUUAAAGGGAUAGUUCACCUAAAAUCAAGAAUUGUGUCAUCAUUUAUUCACCUUUCUGUCAUCGUCAUUUAUGAUGCUCUUUGCAUAUAAUCUUCUUUUAGAGUUCAUGAAAGAAAGAAAAUGAACCACGGGUGUAAACAAUGUCAUUUUUGGGAUGUGCUGUGCCUUUAAAAGUGAUGCUUACAACAACAUUGGCCUGCCGCAUUUGAACCACGUCAGGCUUCUUUGAGCCAGAUCCGAGCAACUCCGUGACCUAUGAGGAAUCCUUUUUUUGCUAACUAAAAGUCUAUUUUCCCCUCAAUCUUGGUUCUUUCUGAAUUACUUAGUUUGUUUUAUAUUCUAAUGCGCCGUUCAGCCUCUUCUGAAUGUACCGAUGAAGACGUUUCUAUUCUCUAUAGCAUCCUACCGUCUUGAUCUUGUAAAUAAGGCAUGUUAACCGUGGGUCACAUUCCAGUCUUUUGAAAUGUCCUCUGCACACUGACUCCUAUCGCCUGGGCAUGCUUGUCUACAGCGGGCGAGAGGUUUAGUGCUCUAUGCGCAGCCGUUUAUUCUGAAACGAUCAGGAGAUUACCUGUCCGAAACAUAAUCUCUCCAUUCGUUUUGAAAAUAACUACAUAAAAGGAUGUUAUCAGGCCUGUUUGACAUCAGUGAUGUCUCGGAUGGAUUUUCCACGUGGACUUUUGUCAAUUGUAACUUUGAUUGAAACAGAACGGUAUCCAGUUUGCGCUAAAUGUAAAAGCUUCACGAUAACUGAAUAAUGACUCUGGAGAGUGGGAUGCCAAUGUAAAAGGGCUUGAAAAUGAUAGUUUAUAGUUUAUUUGGGGAAAUCAAGUGGGUCACACCUCUGGUUUUGUGUCUAAGAGUUGUAAGAUCCAAACGUGUUCUCCAUAUCUGAAAUGGUAUCUUGAACUGAGUGGCAGUGCAUCGAUUUAGGAAUCUUGUGUUCACGUAUGCGUAGUUUUAACUGUGAAAUGCACUUUAUUUUUUUAUGAGAAAGGCACAACAAAAUACUUAUCUGCAAAACAUUAUAUAAAGUAUAACCAACCUGCACUAAUUAACAGAGACAUUGUGAACAUUGUGUUAACGUGUUGUAUAUUUUUCCAAGGUGUUAGUUGUGUACUUUAAUUGCUUUGGUUAGUUUAAUGAAUCAAGAGAUCUUGUUAAUUUUGUAUUAAAAGAAUGU